UGUGGAAACGCUCCGCAGGGACUUGUCAGUGUUUGGGGUUAAAAGAAUUCGAAAGAAAAUUACGUCAGGGAGACUGAUGGUGCGAGCCCCUGUUACCGCUCAUCAUUGUAUUAACGGUGAAGCACAGUGAUGCGCGGACUCAUUCUCUGAGAUAUUUUUGCCUGGACAUUUCGGAUCCCGGCCAUGGGAUCCCUGAAUUUAUUUCAGUUGGAUAUGUGGACUCCCACCCUAUAUCACCACAUAUGACAGUGUCACUCAGCAGAAGGAGCCCCGGGCCCCCUGGAUGGCAGAGAACCUUGCAUCUGAUCACUGGGAGAGGUACACUCAGCUGCGGGGCUGGCAGCAGGCAUUCAAGAUGGAGCUGCAGUAUCUGCAGUGUCGCUACAAUCACUCAGGGUUUCACACCUACCAGAGAAUGAUUGGCUGCGAGCUGCAGAACGGCAGCACCACAGGAUUUCUCCUGUAUGCAUAUGAUGGACAGAAUUUCAUGAUCUUCAAUAAAGACACCCGUUCCUGGAUGGCUGUAGACAAUGUGGCUUCCACCACCAAGUGGGCAUGGGAAGCCAGUGUGCAUGAGUUACAAUAUUAGAAGGAUUGGCUGGAAACAGAAUGUAUUGCCUGUUUGAAGAGGUCCCUGGAGUAUGGGAAAGAUAUCCUACAAAGGACAGACCCCCUCCUGGUCAGAAUAAAUCACAAAGAAACUUCAGGGAUUUCAACUCUUUUCUGCAGAGCUCAUGGUUUCUGCCCCACAGAGAUUUCCAUGACCUGGUUGAAAAAUGUGGAAGAAACUGUCCAAGAAAUUGACUAUGGAGAAAUUCUUCCCAGUGCGGAUGGAAGCUAUCAGACGUGGAUAUCUGUCAAGAAGGUCUCUUGGAGCAGUGUCAGUGACGGCGUCCAUGUGGUUCUUCAGGUGCCUGGGGAGUCAGGAACUAUCCCUCUGGUGAUGAAAGCCAUCACUGGGUCCACUGCCCUGGACAUUGUCCUGGCUGGAGUUCACGUCCUAGCCUGGAGAAGAAGACCCCAAGUAACACACCUCACUCAAGAAGGCUGUGAGUUCCUGCUUUUUAUCUUGUGGAGUUUGUGAAUUUGAGUUAAAAUGUGUCAAGUACUAAGAGAAUCUUUACCAAGCAAGCUACACGUGUCAAUGCCUGCAUCUCAGGUUUGCCAAAUCAUUGCAUGCUUUAUUUUUGAGCUAUAAGGAAACAUGCACCAUAAUGACUAAGCCCUCUUUUC